GAAAAUCGAAGUGAAAAAUUCUGUUUCGAAAUCUUAGAAAUUCCGAUUUUUCCAGAAUUUUAUGUAGGCCUAACUAAUCACACCAUUCGUUUCGUGAUUUGCGUGCUUGUAUGUUAAUAAAAUUCCGUGAGGUCAACGAAUAAAUAAUCACGUGACAAUUUUUAUCUUUGUCAAAAUAGCAAAUUUUUUUAUAAAACUGAUCUUAUCUUAUUUCUUUUUAAAGAAGAUUAUUUAAAAAUAAUUAAAACGUCGAGCUGCCGCGCAGUGAAGAAUGAUUUACAGGAGCUCAAAUAUCAACGAGAGCAAUGGCUACGAUAAAAGAACAUAAAAUUAAGAAAUAAUUAUUAUCUACGGAAUAUAGCGUCAUUAAUUUUCUACACAAACUUUAAAAAUUUAUUUAAAAGCAAUUAUAAAACCUCAAUAAAUUUAUAACUUAUUUAUUUUUGACACGCAGCAUCGAUUGUGUAACAAGAUCAAAAUAUAGGAAGAGGAAAUUAUCUAAAGUUUUGAGAAGAGAGAUGAAAAGAAAUUUUGGAUAUAAGCCAGUUGUGUGUUAGCUACACUUUUGAUCAGGCAUCGAGGAGACACCACAAGCGAUAUGCGACUGUGCACACUAGAAAGCAGACAUAGUGCAGGUUUUACUCCAAUCGUUCAGUGGCUCCACCUUCGUCAGUCAGACAAGUAGCACAGUCUGGAAAAGCGACAAAGCGGGAUGUGUCACCGAUUGAAAUAUCAGAAAAAUCUUAAAGCCACCUGAAAAUAGACAAUGUGCCUGGAUUCAUCAUGUUAACUAACGUGUGGACGAUACUGUGGUUAACAACUUUAACGCAUUCUAGGACAGUGCUGCAUAUAGGUGGUUUUUUCCCAACUACGGAAAAUCGUGUAGAAGGACACAUUGGUCGCGGUGUUAUACCUUCUGUCAAUCUGGCUUUGCAACACAUCAAUAAUAGCCCGAGAUUCUUGAGAGGAUACAAACUGGAAAUCUACUGGAAUGAUACCGAGUGUGAUCCUGCUGUUGGUAUGAAGAAUUUAUUCGAUAUGUUAUAUAGCAAGCCGUCAAAAAUAGUUCUUUUUGGAGCAGCUUGCACAUCUGUGACUGAUCCUAUAGCCAAGACAUCACAGUUCUUCCAUUUAACUCAGAUGACAUACGCGGAUACACAUCCCAUGUACACGAGUAAAAGUUAUCCAAACUUCUUCCGAAUCGUACCCAGUGAGUCCGAAUUCAAUCCCGCUAGAGUAGCAAUACUUAGACACUUCAAAUGGACCAGAGUCGGGACCAUAUACCAAAAUGCUCCAAGGUAUUCUCUGGUAAGUGAUAAUACUGUAUACCACUUUGCUUNCGCAAAAUUGUUAACCGAUCUGGAUAGAGCAAAAAUUCAAAUAGCUGCCACUCAAGGAUUUGCGGAGGGAUUGGAACAUGGAUUAAAAAAACUUAAAGAAAAAGACGUAAGAAUAAUUUUAGGAAAUUUUAAUGAAAAAUGGGCGAGACGAAUUUUUUGCGAGGCUUAUAAGUUAGAAAUGUUUGGCAGAAAAUAUCAGUGGAUAAUAGUAGGCAUUUAUCAACAGUAUUGGUGGAGAGUCAAAGACGAGAAUGUGUCCUGUACUCAUAGCCAGAUACUUCAAGCUUUAGAAGGUUAUAUUGCUACUGAUGUGUUGACUCUGAGCACUUCCGAAAAUAUUACUAUUUCUGGAAUGACACCUUCGGAAUACGAAGCGGAAUAUAUGAAGAAGCGUGAGAAUGAAUACAGUCGUUUCCAUGGUUAUGCGUACGACGGCAUAUGGGCAAUAGCAUUAGCAAUACAGACGGUGAUCGGUAAGAUUCGGAUACGAAGUUCGAGUCUUUUACUACGCGAUUUUCGUUAUAGCGAUCCCACGUGGGGUAAACUAUUUAAAGAAGCAUUCAACGAAACGUCUUUCAAUGGGGUAACGGGUCACGUUAGCUUCGUCAAUAACGAGCGACAAGGGUCUAUAGCUAUAAAGCAGUUUCAAGACGGAGAAGAAGUAAAUAUCGGAGAAUAUCAUUCUGUAACGAGUCGACUAGAAUUCAAAAAAGGGAAAUCGAUAAUGUGGAGAGGUUCGGGGCCACCCGCAGAUCAGACAAGACAAGACACGAUUCGAGUUAGAGUCAGUAGAAUUAGUUAUUUGAUACUUUCUGCCCUGGCUCUUCUUGGAAUUUUAUCCGCUACAAUUUUCCUCAGCAUUAAUAUCAAGUAUAGAAAUCAGAGGUACAUCAAAAUGUCGAGCCCGUAUUUAAAUAAUUUAAUAAUUAUCGGAUGCAUAUUAACCUAUACAAGCGUAAUUUUAUUAGGAUUAGAUAGCGAAAUGACAAGCGAAAAACAUUUUCGAUAUGUCUGCACGGCUCGGGCGUGGGUCCUAAUGUCCGGAUUUACUUUGGCAUUUGGUUCAAUGUUCAGUAAAACAUGGCGUGUUCAUGCAAUUUUUACGAAUAUUAAAUUAAAUAAAAAGGUGAUCAAAGAUUAUAAAUUGUUUAUGGUGGUCGGAGUUUUGGUAAUCAUAGACAUUGCUAUUUUGGUCACGUGGCAAAUUGUAGAUCCGUUUUAUCGAGAUACCAGCACCGGAGAGCCGGAGCUUUCUUCCGAAAACGACGAUGUGCAGAUUAUACCAGUUAUGGAAUUCUGUCAAAGUGAAAGAAUGAGUAUAUUUUUAGGAUCCAUAUAUGCUUAUAAGGGUCUGUUAAUGGCAUUCGGAUGUUUUUUGGCAUGGGAGACGCGUCACGUGAGCAUCCCCGCUCUUAACGACUCAAAAUAUAUAGGAAUGAGCGUGUACAACGUGGUAAUCAUGUGCGUUAUGGGUGCUGCAGUGUCUUAUCUGUUAAGAGAACACCAAGAUGCCGCAUUCGUCAUCAUCUCUUCUUUUAUAAUAUUUUGCUCUACGGCGACUCUAUGUUUGGUAUUUGUACCCAAGUUGUUCGAGUUAUGGAGAAAUCCCCACGGGGCUCAUACAAGAGUAAGGGCAACUUUAAAGCCUUUAAAAAAAUCACGGAGAAGUUCGCAAGACGAGACUAUUCAUUGUAGAUUAAAAUUAUUACAAGAAGACAAUAGGAAAUAUAGAAAAAAGUUAGAAGAGACUACACUAAAACUACAAAAAAUAAUGGCAAAAUUGAAAGAACUGGAGGAACCACUGAUCAUCAUUAGUCACGGAAUGCACGUAUCGUCACCGAUAAUGGAAGAUUCUUCUUCACCUUGCGAAGAAGUUGUCAUUUCUUAUGGUGCGACAGAAACAUAUUCUGAAGAGAUAUCAAAAAGCUCGUAUAUCUCGACCGAAAUGCAAUUACUGGAAAUCAAACCGGAAUAUCAAAAAAGGAAAAUUUCUGCUCAUUCGGUGCGUUUCCCUAUUCUGGAAGUGGACGAGGAGCCAACUCGAGUGAGAGCCGAGAAAUCGUGUCCCGAAUUAAACCACUCGCCAACGGACGUAAUUAUGAACAAUAAGAUAUCACUUAGACCCCGUUCUCUAUUGGAAGAAUUUAGUUUGAUAGCAAAAUAUGCGGAUGCAUCUAGUAGCAGCGAGUCACCUCCAACUCCUAGAGCUCACGAUGAUGAAGAAUCGAGAGUCAAUAAACUAAAUGAAGAAGAAGGUAAUGCAAGAUAUUCCAGAUUAAUACCCCCUGAGACUAUACGAAGACACAGUGCAGAACUACCACAAACCGCUUCUAGAGUAUCUGUUAUACAAGAAAGGCAUUACGUGCCUCAUACCGUUAGAAAACCCUAUCGAUCAUCCAGGCACUUAUCUCAACCAACUAUUAAAUGUGACAUUGUAGAGUAUUUAUGAAGCUUGGGGAUUUAUAGGAAAAGUUUCAAGAGAGGCCUUAUAACAUUAAUACCCAUAAUCAUAUCUAGGUAAAAAAAACAAAACGAAAUUAAAUUCCCUCAAAAAAUCUUCCAUAUCUUUUUAAAUUAAAGAAAUAAUAAUAAUAAAGUGAAGAUGAAAAUAAUAAUAAUAAUACUCUGUGAUAUCCUUUGGUAUUGAUGCGGAUUUAUUUGUUGAACCCUCAGGUUGUUAUUCUUUUGUACCAGAGAAGAAAUAUUGUAUCAAAAACGUGUAUUCCGGAAAAUAUUAGAUGUCAAAUUUUGAUAAAAAUAACACCUAAAAGAAAAAAAAUUAUAUUAUUGUUGCAAAUGUUUUUAACUAAAAAUGCGUGAAUGAACUCGAAAUACAGACUCGUAUUUUCGAUAACUUUUUGCUCAUUCCACUUCAUAUUUGUAUUAAAACUAAUUUGUGAUCAUUGAAAAAACCAAUAAAUUCUUUUUUAAAAAAUAAUUUUCUAAUCUUUCUUUUAUAAUGCUAAAAAAAAUAAA